UCCGAGUGUCUUAUCAAAAAUGAUGUGGAAGAGGGCACAUACCGAGUGGCAUGGAACACGCCGGCUAUAUGUAGAAGAGGUGGUCCAAUAUAGGCCAGUCUGUGUGUUUCCUUUGCAGACCGCGUUGGUUUCAUUAGUGUGCAGUGCUCAGUGUCUUCUUGCGGACUCGAUGAUGGAUCUUCGGCUGCUGAUUGCCUCGCUCGUCCUAGCCGCCGUUUUGCCAGUUUUGACAGCUCUGCGGGACUCUUCAUGCCCAAGAAUUUGCACAUCCCAGGCCUAUGGAGACCCAGUCUGCGGCUCUGACGCCAUCAUCUACCCCAACAUCUGCGAGCUGAGAAAAAAGACCUGUGGCAAAGGCGUCAAACUCUCGCCAGACCCCGACCUAUGCAAGAGAUCUUCCGGCUCCAAGUGUGAUCACAGGUGCGGAAACGAAAAAGAUCUGGUUUGUGGAACAGAUGGAAGAACGUACUUAAAUCGAUGCAUGCUGGAAGUGGAGAUAUGCAGGCUAGGCAUUGCGCUGUCUCAUCUGGGUGCCUGCAAUAACAUAAGUGCCCACAGGGAAAACUGUCCGGUGGACUGCAAACAAGCACCUCAGGACGGCCCUAUCUGCGGAAGCGAUGGAAACGUCUACAAGAGUACCUGCCAGAUGAAACUCCUCACAUGCGGACAAGGAGUAGUAAAGACAGACAAGAAAUACUGCCAAACGACACGACAUUGCCGCGAGUCUUGUUGGAGAAACGCGAGACCUACUUGUGGCUCAGAUGGGAAGAUUUAUGCCAACGUUUGUCGAAUGAAAUCAAAGAACUGCGGCAAACAUGUUUUCGAAGUACCGAUGGCGUACUGCGCUAGUCAAGAAAGGACAUCACACAGCAUUGGAUGUCCUUCAGGAUGCGGCAAUGAAAUCGAAAAGCCUAUAUGUGGCUCGGACGGAUACGUUUACAGACACGAGUGUGAGAUGAAACUCCUCAAUUGUGGCUCUCACCGAAGAGUAUCGAAAGUGGACUUCGAGAAGUGCAAAGGAAAACUGACGAAAUGCCUCAAAGUGAAAUGCCCGAGUGAUGUCGAUCCCGUUUGUGGCACGGAUGCACGAACAUACACCAAUCAGUGUCAGCUGAAUUUGGCCACGUGUUUGAAAGGGGUUCAGUUUGCUCACGUCGGAAAUUGUACAGCGCUAAAAGAACAAGUUCCAUGCCCUACAAACUGUGAUAAUGAGACUGAAGAACCAGUAUGCGGAUCUGAUGGCAACGUCUACAGAUCAAUUUGCCAUAUGAGGAAAGAUACUUGCGGUCAACUGGUCACUCAAGUACCCUUGCACCACUGCCGAACCACCGCCUUGUGCAACCAGAAAUGCGACGAUGACAAAAUUUUUGUCUGCGGUUCCGAUAACAAAAUCUACAAGAACGAAUGCGAAAUGAAGCGAGAUAACUGUGGCAAACAUGUGUUUGUCGUACCAAUGAAGCGAUGCCUAUCUGGUUUCUUGUUCAGAGGAUGUCAGAAAAUCUGUCCGACAUAUUAUGACCCAGUCUGCGGCACUGACAACAUGACAUACAGCAACACUUGCUUCUUAGAAUUGGAGAACUGCAGAUCUAGAUCACUUGUUGCCCUGAAACAUAUGGGAACGUGCGCAGAACCAAUUAACGAGAUACCUAAAAACUACUUGUACUGAUCUACUUGUUCUUGUUGUGGUUGUUUGUAGAAUUAAUGAAUUUUGUGAAUUAUUAGGAACGAACUUAGAAAGUAUGUGAGAAUGGCUAAGUCGUUCUUUAUAAUGCAAAAAUGAUAUAGGUAGAAGCAAUUAGUUGUGAACUUAGAAAUUCUUGCCUGUGUAAAAAUGUCCUCGUAUAGUAUAAAUGACUAAAUAAUGGUAAAUAACUAAUGCGAUUUAUUUAUUUAUCUAGGAUUAUUAAAAUUGUGCCAAUUGCCAAUUUAGCGUAGAUUAUAAAGUUUCAUUAUCUUUUUUAUUCAUGCGCAAUAAGAUAUUUAUUUAUUACCGCCCCUAAUGUAGCUGAGCUGUGUUUCGUAUUUAUUUUAUAAGAUAUUUACAUUUUACAAAUGUAGAAAUAAUAAAUUUUUAUAAAAAUUU